AUGCAAAGUUAAGUGAUGGACACUCCCAAUAUUUUGAUUAAGCAAUCCAAAUCAGGGAAUGUUGAUAUCAUUAAGCUCAAUUUGCAAAUAAUCAAUGCAGAAAUAGUGUAUGACUCCGUUGACAAAAUACAGCUAGACUUGACUUUCAGUAGCCACGUGAAUUUCCAAAUCAUAGUUUACACAUUCGUAACUGAAACCAAAGGAGCCAAACAGCAGAGAUAUGAAAAAAGCAUGCCAGAGAGUACAACCCAAUCUUUUAAAUGUCCAUCGGGAUUGAACUACUAGUUCCCCUCGAAAUACAUAGAGUUCAUGAUCAUUGACCUUCUAAGAUUUAAAAAGAUGAGAGUCAACCCAGAUGCAUAGUAUCACACUCUGAUUAUAGAAAUGAAAGGCCUCAAUUCAAAAGGUUUCCAGAUAAUAUACUUUUAUAGAAUUGAUUGUAACGAAUAAUCAUAUCAAUGCGAAUUGAUUAAUACCAAAUAAAUUGUCAUACACAAAAGUAGGUUUUUUGAAAUACACGAACUCUAUGGUGUUCAAAACACUCCAUUCAACCCUGAAUGGAAUCCAAAUACCAUAGAGGACAAAGAAUGCGUAAUUUGUUUUUGUAAUAUGAUUAAUACUGUACUCCUGCCUUGCAAACACAUGUGCACAUGCUCCACUUGUGCUGAUCACAUUUUGAUGAGUUAAAAGGUUAAACAAUGUCCUCUCUGCAGAAUUGACAUCGACAAUUACUUAACUCUAGAAAUCAAGGAUAAAUAGAAAUAGGACAUGUAAUUGCGCAAAUUUCAAGAAGAAUAGUAAAAAUACCUAGAUUCUAUUAAAGAAAAGAAAGAAUAAUAAGCAAUUAAACAUAGCUCAAUUAUGGAAUAAAUAAAGUCUAAAGUUCAAGAAGAAUAGCUGAAAUAACAGCAAUAAAAAAUUAAGAACAUGAAAUAUUUCGAUGAUCUCGAUGAAUUUAAUAAAGAUAAUCAAUAAAAUGAAGACAUCUAUGGUAAUCAAAGUUUUUGUUCCUAUGAUGAGAAUCAUAGCGAUCCUGAUGGCAAUUAAUUCAAUAAUUCAGUUAAAAAUAAAGUAUAGCACUAAUUAGAGGAUGAAAACGUUUUUAAAUCUUCUCAUAAUUAUGAUGAGGACAAACAAAAGAGUACUUCUCAUCAAAGAAGUCCUUAUGAUAGAGGAUUCUUAAGUAGCUUUAAAUAAUAAUAGGAAAUAAAAGAAUCCAAUCACAAUCCUAAGUAGGAAAGCAUUUCAGUAGAAGAUGAAAUGUCCUAAGAUUAAAUACAUCAUAAACAAUAAUAAUAGGUUUCGUCAUAAUUUUUAAGUAAGGAUGAUUAAUCUAAUUUGAAUUCUCAGUAAAAUUCAGAAAAUUAGAAUUCAUCUUCCAAACAAAUGCUCGUUUAAGAUUUGAUAAAAGAUGAUAUUUAAAUAGAUAUAAUUCAAGAUUAAAGAAAAGAGAGUGAAGAGUUGAUAAUUGAAUUUAAAUAGAAUGAAAUUUAACCAGAUCAAAAGUAAUAGAAUUCGAAUGCUUAAUUGAUUUGUUUUUAAGAUGAAAGUUAGGAAAUGAAUUAAGAAGAACAAGAAAGUAAUAUCCAAUUCCAUCCUUAAUAAAUAUUGUAAUAAUAACCUCAAUAAUUUCAACCAUAUAAAUAGUAAUAAUAAUAAUAAUAAUAAUAAAAGAACUCUAAAUAAUCUUAUUAAUAUAAUUAUGAGUUCGUAGAACAAGAGUUUUAAGAUGACUUUAAUUAAUUUCAAUAAGAACCUCGAAACUUUCCUUAAUAGAAUGAUUUAUUUAAAACAAACUAAUCUCCAAUAUCUAAUCAAUCUCAAUAUAAAUAAGAUAUAUUUUAUUACAAAUCAGCCAGAUAAACGAAUGAUUUGCAUAAUGAUGAUUAAAUAUUUGGACUUUAAGAUGUAUAAUCUAUUACUCAGAGACCUGAUCAUGGGAAUAAUGAUAUUAAAUAGUCAGAAUCAUUGAUCGAUCUAUAAGACCACGAAGAAGAAGAAAAGAAAGAUCCAUCUCAUUCAAAGGAGUUAAAGAGUGAUUAAAUUUCAUUGAUAGCUUUUGAUUGA